GAAAGAUCGAGGCCCAAGCACAAAACGUGUUUUCAGGUCCCAUAUUGAACUGUGAAAGCAAAGGAUGAGAAAUACCAAUCACUUUUGGACUCGGACAUUUACCUUCAGCUUCCCAUAACUGAUACUCCAUGAUAACAUGGAAGUUAUCCAAAAGAACGAGGCCUUUAAGAGAAUUGAUGGCCAAAUGAAAUUCUCCUAUGUCCAGAUUUUUGUCCGGCAAGAUGGCUUACUAUAUUCUGGAAAAUGGACAAAUCGAUUAGAGCUGCCAAAGUCGAUGGAGGACCUUGAUGAAGUCAAGAGAAUCCCGACCGAGGGCAGGGGGCCAGAGGUGAAUCCUGCUUGGUCGGCGGUCUAUAUAAAAACUCCAAGUCUCCUCGCGUAUGUUGAUGGAAACCUCGAGAAGCGAAUCGCUCGCGAAGUUGAAACCUGUGAAAUCCUCCGCAAGAACCCCCACCCAAAUAUUGCAGCCUAUUAUGGUUACCAGGAGACUCAUGGUCGAGUCUCUGGACUUUGCUUCAAGCGAUACAAAUCUACACUACUUGAAACAGUCAAUUCUCAACGUCUCGGCAUUGUCCAUAAUGAUAUUAACCCUGCAAAUAUCAUGCUUGACGAAGACGGUACGCUUAUCCUCAUAGACUUGAUAGCUGUCGAUAUAUCGGGGAGUCAUUGCGCGACACCGAAACCAAACGAACGCACCACUGGCACGACGCUUCUGUCGACACUUCGCUCGCGAAAAAUGACCUCGACGCUUUCAAAGAUCUACAAAUCUGGCUGGCUGGAUCGACGGAUAAAGGGUUUCUUUUUGGAUGAAGCGUGUUAGUUGGGGCCACUGAGUGAAAUGCUUUACUACCAUCCCUUUAGAAGUAGGCCGGGGGUUUCUAGUCCGUGAACCCUUCCCGUAUGUGUCCUAUCCCAGUUAUGUAGAGCGCUAGAAUAUGAGUGACGAUUAAUGUGGCAAGCUCUAUUCCUCACAGUUAUAGGAUACCGUCAAGAACGCGGCUUCAGCUAGAUUGUCAGGAUGGAGAUCAGGGCGCGCUCCUGCAAAUUGUGGGAAAACAUUAUUGCUUCACAGGCCGUGUAUUUCAAUCGAACUUGUAAAAGUGUUGGCGAG